GAGCCUAGAAAAGCUGGAGGCUGUGCGCGCGGCCGAGCAUUAGGUUGAGAUCCAGCUCCAGAGUCACAGCUUCGUGAUAUUAAACAAAAUCUGAGUUUAACAGGAGGUGUUUGAUAUCUGCUAUGGGCAGGACUCCGCUCUGAGAACCACCUCAUCCUCAUCACCCGGAGAUCAUGAUGAAGAAGGACAUGGACCUGAGUCUGGCGGAGGACGCGGACCUCAAACCGCAUCUCCGCGACGCCGAGAGCAUCCUCAGCUCCCCGGAGCUGGGGCUCCUGAAGCUGGCCUCCCCGGAGCUGGAGCGGCUGAUCAUCCAGUCCAACGGGAUGGUCACCACGACGCCCACCAGCCCCCAGUUCCUCUACCCGAAGACGGUGUCGGACGAGCAGGAGUUCGCCGAGGGCUUCGUGAAGGCGCUGGAGGAUUUGCACAAGCAGAACCAGCUGAGCGUGGACGGGCAGAGCCAGAGCAGCAGCCUGGACCUGGGAGCCAACAUCGUCCCGGUCACCCUCCAGCCGGAUCUGCCGGUGUACACGAACCUGAACAGCUACGGCACCGGGCCCCUGGGAACCACCGUCAACUACACCACGGACACGGUCCCCUUCCCGCCUCCUCCGGCACAUCACCUGGGGGCAGCGCCGCCGCAGCCUCCGCCGGAGCUGUCGCGGGUCCCUCCGCUGAAGGAGGAGCCUCAGACUGUCCCCGACGUCCAGAGCUUCGGGGAAAGUCCGCCGCUCUCCCCCAUCGACAUGGACUCACAGGAGCACAUGAAAGCCGAGAGGAAGAGGCUCAGGAACAGGAUCGCGGCGUCCAAGUGUCGGCGGCGCAAACUGGAGCGGAUCUCCAGGCUGGAGGACAAGGUGAAGACGCUGAGGAACCACAACACCGACCUGGCGUCCACGGCGAACCUGCUCCGGGAGCAAGUGGCCCAGCUGAAGCAGAAAGUCCUGAGCCACGUGAACAGCGGCUGUCAGCUGUUGCCACACGAGGUUCAGGUUCACUAGUCAGGGGGACGGAGCUGCCACCGACCAGCACAUAAGCUCCAUGGACUCUUUUAUUCUGUAUGUAGCCCAGAUGUGAGCUCUUCAGCUGGGACAUGAGCGCCAGGCCACGUAGGCCGAAUUGUACAUUAAUAGCCGGCUGCUUUAAAAAGCUCUUAACCGGCUUUAAAAUGCUCUUAACACCGGGGAACAUGUGGUAAAACACAUUAAAAGACAAUCACAGUAACAAUGAGACUACCCGGCUGUAUUCGUCUCAUGUGGACAAGUUUUAUGAUCUAAAGGAAUUUACCAGGAUCCACAGGCUUCAUCUGUCGCCUCCCCCUGGUGGUGUAAAAGAAUCAGCAUUGAGCAUUGGUUUAUUAAAUAAAAAAUGUUGGUUGGUUUAUUGUACUCAUGCCGAAAUAAAGAACAUAUGCUGUUGACAUGUGUUAUGUUAAAACUGCUGUUUUACCUAAUAUCUAUUUAUACUGGUGAAGAAAGCAUCUUUAAAUGGAUAGUUCUUUCAAUGGAGUAUGGCCAUAGCGUUUGCAGAUGGAGGGGAAAGAGGCACUUAAUGGUGCUCAACUUCAGUAACAGACAUUUUAUUUCUUGUAAACAUUUUUACAGACUUUCUUUAAAGUCUUUGGACCAACACUUCUGAAGAAUAUGCAUUGAGGCCCAUGAGACCCCCAUAUGUGAGGAACUGGCUGCGAGACAGAUGCAUAUGCAACCCACAUUUGUUAUAUAAGGGUUAAAUCUUCAUAUGUGACUUACAUUUUUCUGAAGGGAAACAUUUUUGCAUGUUGUUGACAGACUCGAAUGUUGCCCACAGCUGAUGUCUUAGGGCACAACAACUGAGUGUUUAUCAUCUUUAACCUUUGCAGACACUUGUAAUUAUCUAUUUUUAUUCUUCUGUCUUAUUUCAGUGUGUUCUUACUUCAAUAACACUGACUGUUUGUGUCACUGCCAACCUUGUAUCAUUUGGCUUCGUGCCCCAUGUGCUCUGAAUUAAAUGCUGCCCGGCAAUAAAUAUUUAA